AUGGUCACCAGCUCUGUGUUUUAUACGACUCAACAGGCCAGUGAAAGCCCCUACAACUAUGUCCCUACGGAGUGGAUCUGUAUCUUUUUCGUAGUGUCGUAUAGUAUCUCUACUGCCAUCCACAUGGGUCAGGCGUUCAAGUAUAAACUCUGGUGGAUGAUUCCCACAGCGACCUUUGCGGGUGUUCUGGAAAUAUUUGGAUGGAGUGCCAGAUUAUGGUCAAGCCGGAGCCCCCAGCUUUUGACACCUUUUGAGAUGCAGCUCGUUGGCACCAUCAUAGCACCUACUCCACUAGUUGCAGCCAACUUUAUCAUCCUUGGCAAGAUAAUCACUCAACUCGGACCCCAGUUCAGCCGUCUGACGCCCAAUAUGUAUACCGUCGUUUUUUGCUCCUUUGAUGUUAUUUGCUUGACCAUACAAGCUGUUGGAGGCGCAUUCGCUGCGCAGGCCGUCAAUCAGGGCCAAAGCCCCACAUUCGGCGGGCACAUCAUGCUAGGAGGAAUUGCUGCCCAGCUUUUUUCCAUAGUGAUCUACGUCGCUUUGGCGGCCGAGUUUCUCUUGCGUCGGAAAUACAACGCACCCUUCCGCCACCAGGAUAUUAGAUUCGGGAAAGGUCAACGUUCUAUAAGCAAGAAAAUGCAACGUACAAUUUCCGGGCUGAGCUUCUGCACCCUCUGCAUUUUCAUUCGGUCCGUAUACCGCACAGUGGAACUCGCCGAUGGGUGGUCUGGGUUAGUGAUUUCGACCGAGGUCUACUUCAACUGGCUCGAUGGGGCCUUCGUCACCGUCGCUAUUUACACUCUCAACAUUAUGCACCCAGGUAUCUGUUUGAGGUUGGAUACUAUUACUCAUGCUUCACAGCAAGCCGAGGACGAAGCCGAUCAAGAUUACUACUAUAGACAUCGGUUGCCUUUGCGACGUGGCUAG